GCGACAAGAGUUCCGGACACAAUGGCUGAUAGUGAAACAGACAGCAGUUCUAAUGCGGAAGAAAAUAUGCCUAUAAGUGACUACUCGUGUACGCAUUACAAAAGAAAAUGCAAAUUGGUCUACUACUGUGGCUUGUGCAAGUUGUUUGAUGAUGAAGAUAGACAGCAGUACCACUGUGAUGGGUGUGGCCUUUGCCGUGUUGGAGGCCGCGAUAAUGCAUCGUUAAAGUCAGCAAGGCCAACUGCCCUGUCUGUUUAGAGGAUAUUCAUACAUCACGCAUCGUUUCUCAUGUACCAUCAUGUGGUCACCUGAUCCAUCGACCCUGUUUCCAUAGUCUCAUAAAAGCAGGGUUCUAUGCCUGCCCAACAUGUGGUACUUCCAUGAUGAAAAUGAAUGAUCUGUGGAAGUCACUGGAUGAAGAAAUAGCAGAUACACCCAUGCCAAAGGAAUACAGGGACCUAUACUGUUAUGUUCUAUGUCGGGAUUGUCACAAGGAAUCAUUGACGUUGUUUCAUGUGUUGGGCCAUAAGUGUCUAGAAUGUGGCUCUUACAAUACUGUUAGGGGCAAAGGAGGACUCUUCAGAAGACAAUCGCCACAGCAAGCAUCUGGGACAGACCAGGCAGAGACUGUGGAAGAAGCAACUGGAAUGGACGCAGCAGAGGAUGAUCACAUAUAAAGAAGUCAGACCUGUGGAGCUUAUCUCUUGGUCAGCAGGACACAUAUAUAGGGUUGGCAGACAAGGCCUUCCUCUCAUAUGCCGAGAUAUCUGAAAAGGGACGAGUUGCAAGAACCAGUUUGACAGUCGGUUCUAUAAUACAUGGACUGUAUUCUUAAACAUGCGACUCAGAUUCUAGUGCUGUCACUGUAGCAAGAGGAACAUUUUAUGUGGA